CCAUUUCCACGAUUCCCGCUCGUAAUUAGCGAUUCCAGGCCAAUCUUACUCUCGACAACUCUCGCCGUCAUCCCUCUCUGUCUUCAGCCGUCGCUUUCAGUACUUGUGCUUCCUCUUGCAACCAAGAAUCACCACCCGCCGUUUCCGAGACAACCACAAGUGACCAACCAGUAGUAACCAUGGCCGGAAAGGACGAAGAACACGAGGGCGCCUCCGUCUCCGAGCAGCUCAUCGAAGCCUGCCGGCGCAACAACACCGACCUCCUCUCCGAGAUCCUCUCAGACAAAUCCGACGACGAGAUCGCCUCCCUCCUCAACACCACGACCACAGUAAUGGGCAACCACCUCUACCACGAAGCCGCCCUCCGGGGCAACUACGAGAUCAUCGACAUGCUCCUCGACCAACCAGGCUUCGAAUGCGACCCCGUCAACCGACUCGAGGGCGACACCCCCCUGCACAGCGCGAUCCGGUGGAUCAACAGCGAGCCCGAGGCGCAGCGCGAGUUCGGCAACGAGCUGGUGGACAUGAUGCUGGAGGCUGGGUCGAACCCGCGCGUGAAGAAUAAGGGCGGGCUGACGGCGUUGCAGCUGGUGGAUCCGCGGAACAAGGAGCUGAGGGAGCUGAUACAGAAGCAUGAGUACGCGCUGCUGAACGCGGGCGAUUUUGUCAGUGCGGAGGAUGUUAAGCCACAGCAGGGCCAGCAGGCUGUUUUGGAUGUGGAGGAGGAGGAGGAUGACGCUGAGUUCAGUGGGAGUGAUGAUGAGGAAAGAGCUGAGUGGGAGAGGAGGAGGGCGGCGAGGAAGUGAAGGGGUUCAAGGUCUUGCUCAAGGGAUGAAAGAGGACUUGUUGGGACUUCUUUCUGAGCCAUGUCAAUAUACCCGAAGAGACACCGGGCCAUCAUACAAGACAGCAGCUGCGUGGAGCCGCGGACCGAACGGCGCUGUUGGUAUUUGGGUUGUCUCUUACAGCCCAUAUAUAUAGGGUUGGUAUAGAUAUCUGGUUGCCGUACGGUUGGAUUUAUGCUUUGUGCUUAUUGCAGCAUGUAAAGCAAGCGACAUCACUAGAGUCUAGAGCAGAGCAAGGGUUCUGAUACAGAUAGGGAAGUUGGAGAUAUCAGAUCAAUAGUUAAUCAACAUAUACGUGAUCUUACCUAACUCGAUAGACCGAAGACAGGGGU